AUGCCCGGAACUCCGCGCGCUGGGCCCCGCCCCCAUCCCUGUCGCCAGGGCUGCGCGGCCGUCCCGGCUCAUCCUCUGGAGAGCGUCAACAGUGCCGGGAAGACGGCAGCCGCCAGGUCGUCAUUAGGCCGUUGGGAAAAUUGCUGUGACCCUCACAGGUUCCUCAGGUGUGGAAUGAGCAGAUGUGAGGAGCAGCUCAGAGAUCUGGAAGGACGGCAGAGUGAUCUGCUCCACCCGCCAGUUUGGCCGCCCUGUCCUGACCCCUCAGCUGGCCUCAGGGACCGCGACGGAGCGACAGGAAAACGCAGGAGGGAAAACCCUGCGACUCUCUCGUGGGGGCGUAAAACACAGGAACAAAUGAGACGUCUCCGUGGGAACAACGAGAAUGCGGAGUGGCAGAAAAUGUUUCUCCCUUUCAGUGUCCCGGGGCGUCGCUCUCAAGGGGCUGCAGGGAGGGGUCGCAGGGAAGGUGGAAACCUCCCAGGGGGCCCCAGGCUCCCGGCUCUGCGCGCCUCCAAAGGGAAGACGUUUGCAGGGAAGGAUACGUUACGUGAAAAAUCCCUCUGGUUGGCAAGACAGUCUCCAGUGACCGUCCAGUUUCCCCAGACGUGGCCGUGCCAUGGGGCCCAGGCUCAGGCUGCCCGUGGGGUGGUUCCUCCAGCUCGCCCAGGUGUUCACAGGUGUUCACACCCCAGAGCCUCCGCACGGCCGCCCCCUGCCCAGAAACUUGUCUCCAGGGACCCCUCCCUGCCUACCUUCCCCUCAGAUGUCCCCCCAGAGGCCCUGCCUGGAUGGACUGCCCACCUCACAUGGCCUCUCCGGCCCCCUCCCCGCUACCUGCUUUGCUUUUGUUCACAACCCUUUUACUAACAUUUAAGAAUAUAUUCCUUGUAACGGCUUGUAGUCUCUCUGUCCUCUAGAACACAAACUUUAUGAGGACAAGGGCAGGGAUUGCCAUUCUUCACAACUGUAGUUCUGUUGCCUUGAAUAGUUCCUGGUUGUUACUUUAAAAAAUUUGUGGUUUUCGGCCAGGCGCGGUGG